AUGUAUUGUUUAUUCAAUAUGUUAUUGUAUAGAUUUUAGCAUUUAAAAAAAAAAAAAUUUAAUUACCAAGCAUAUUAAAAUGUCACCCAAAUACAUAUUGAAUUACUUCAAUAUUCAAGGAAAAGCUGAGGUAGCUAGACUAUUGUUUCAUUGUAAAGGUGUUGAAUUUACAGAUAAUCAAAUUAACUUCGAAGAUUGGCCUUCACAGAAAAGCGAUCAUUCUAGGUUUCCUUUGGGGCAAAUGCCAACAUUAGAAGUAGACGGGCAUGUUUUUUGCCAGUCUGCAGCUAUAAACGCAUACUUAGCUGAAACAUUUGGUCUUUAUGGAGCUAAUGCCUCUGAUAGAUUGAUAAUUAAUCAAGUUAUUGAAACUAUGAAUGAUUUAUGGAAUGAUUACUAUGAUAUUUGGAAAAAUAAAACAUUAGAUAAUGAACAAAGGGAAGAAGCUUUUGCAGAACUUUUAGUAAAAGAUACCACUAAAUUAAAGUUAACUUUUCUUGAGAGUUUGUUAAAGCGUAAUCAUGAUGGUCAUGGUUUUUUUGUUGGUGAUUCGAUUACUCUUGGAGAUUUGGUAUUCUAUCAUACUACAGGAAUGGCUGACAAAUCAUUAUUAAAUGGUUUCCCUUUGUUAACUGAGCUAAAUGAUCGAGUUAGACAUAGUGCUGAAUUAAAGUCGUAUUUGGAUUCUCGAACACAUCCUCCUAUGCCUUGCAACAGAGUAACAUUAGUGUGGGAUUUAAAUCCCGUUCAAACUAUUUAUUGCUUAACUGAAAAAAUACCACCAUCAGUAUAUCCAACUACAUCGAAAACUAGAAAGCCACCGUCUGUUCGCCAUCCAUUAAACAAUCAGGAUGAAUCUAUAUCACGCUUGCUAACUGAUCCAUUAGAACUAACAUUUUUAAAGUAUCGUCAAAUGAGUGGUAGCAGAUUUUUAAUUAGUUUGCGUGAGCUUGAGACAUCUGAGUGCAUAUUAGCUUUGAAAACUUUCCUUAAAGAUUUAGAUUCAGAGAGCUUUGAAGUUCCUACAGUUAUUUUUGGCUAUGUGGUUAAAAAGUUUAAUAAAAAGAUCAAAUGUGGUGUUUGCAAAACUUUUCUAUUAGCUGAAUCUGGUGAGCUACAAUGUCAAUAUUUAGAAAAACUUUCUCGUGGUGGAUUGAUUUUACCAGCUAUUGAUCUUACAUAUUAUGUUGCAAAAGCAUUUGCAAUAUUAGAUACUGCUAUUUUGCUUAUAAGAGACUCAACUCUUUCUGAUCGAUAUGCUGCAGAACGGGUACUUAGAUUAAAUGAUUGUGGUUCUUCAUUCUUAUGCGAUGAACGUCAAAUUAUUGGUGUAAAAUUUUACAAAAUGUCGCCUAAAUAUGUAUUGAAUUAUUUUAACAUCCAAGGAAAGGGUGAGGUAGCGAGACUUUUGUUUCAUUGCAAAGGUGUGGAGUUUGUAGAUAAUCAAAUCAAUUUUCAAGAUUGGCCCUCACAGAAAAGCGAUCGCUCUAGAUUUCCUUUGGGACAAAUGCCAACAUUAGAAAUUGAUGGACAUGUUGCUUGUCAGUCUGCAGCUAUAACCUCAUACUUAGCAGAAACAUUCGGUCUUAAUGGAGCUAAUGCUUCUGAAAGAUUGAUCAUAAAUCAAGUAUGUGAAACUCUGAAAGAUUUCUGGAACGAUUAUGCUGAUGUUUGGAGAAACGAAACAUUAGACAAUGAACAAAAGAAAGAAGCUUAUAAAGAAGUAUUUACAAGGGAGGCAACUAAAUUAAAGUUGUCUUUCAUUGAGAGUUUACUGAAACGUAACAAUGAUGGUCAUGGUUAUUUUGUAGGUGAUUCGAUUACUCUUGGAGAUUUGGAGUUCUUCCACAUUACUGGACUGGUCGAUAAAUCGUUAUUAAAUCAUUUUCCUUUGUUAACAGAGCUGAAUGAUAGAGUUAGAAAUAGCUCUGAACUAAAGUCUUAUUUGGAUUCUCGAACACAUUCUCCUUUGCCUUAACUUUUCUUUUUAGCGCAAAAUAAAGUUACUUUAUGAUUGA